AUUUAUAAGAUGAAGAUGCGAUGAUAACAAAACAAUGAAGCAGUGAUGCUUCUUCUGCUUAUGCUUUCUUCCACACCCUUCAACCUGUUCUAACCUAAACCCACUUCCAAUUUCACUAUUUCUUUUCUUCAAUUCUCUCUCAAUUUCAAUCCAAAAUCCCUAAAAAAAAUCACCCCUUUUCAAUUUAAUCCAUUGAUUUUGAACAAUUCCUCAAUCCAAUUUCAUUGAUCACUCAAAAUUUCCAAUCUUCUCAGGUUUAAUUGAACUGGGUCAAUCCAAUUUUAGGGUUUCCGUGUUUUGAUCCAAUUUUAGUGUUUCUUUGAUUGAUGAUUGAUUAAGAACACCCCACAACAAUUCCUCUAUUGAAUCUUAUUGAUCACUUCAAAUUUUCAAUCUUUUCAGGUUUAAUCGAACUGGGUCAAUCCAAUUCGAUUGUUUUGAUCCAAUUUUAGGGUUCUGUGAUUGAAAUGGUAAAUUUCCAUAGUUUGAUCUCAUCCGUUGACCAAUCAUCAUCAUCCAUGGCGAAUUCCAUCGAUUUAGCUAAAUCGAGGAACCGUAAGACACUUAAUUCUCUUCAGAUUCCGCAGUGCGAGCGAUCUAGAUCCGCUGUUGUUGAUGUGGUUAUAUUUAUAGCUGUUGUUAUUGCUUUAGGGUUCUUGGUUUUUCCAUAUAUUCAAUUUGUGAUGAGUGAAAGUUUCAAACUUUGUGGUUUGUUUAUGGAUUUGGUGAAAGAAGAAGUUGCUGUUGCUCCUGUGAUUUAUGUAUCCCUUGGAGUUAGUGUUUCUUGUGCUGUUGUUGCUACAUGGUUUUUUAUAGCUUAUACAUCAAGGAAAUGUAGUAAUCCUAAUUGUAAGGGAUUGAAGAAUGCUGCUGAGUUUGAUAUUCAGUUAGAGACGGAAGAUUGUGUGAAGAAUUCGCCGUCGUUGGGUAAAGAUGGUGGUGGAAUUAAAAAGGGUCUAUUUAAGAUUCCUUGUGAUCAUCAUCGCGAACUUGAAGCCGAGCUUAAGAAGAUGGCACCUGUUAAUGGAAGAGCUGUUCUAGUUCUUAGAGGAAAGUGUGGUUGUUCUGUUGGUAGGUUAGAAGUUCCGGGUCCAAAGAAGAAUAGAAAGAUCAAGAAAUAGGAUACAGAAAUAUAAGACUCUUAACUCAUAGAAACGAGAAAAUAAUAAUUGAAUAUUGUGGGAAGAGGAGUUGGUUAUAGUUAUAUAAUCAUGUUCAUCUAUGUAGCACCAAUACGAACACGACACCAAAACAUAAUUGGUUGUGUUUGAUGUUCAUGUUUGUCUGAGUGUUUCAUAGAUGGUCAGAUUUAGGUUGUCUUUAAAUAAGCCUGUCUUGGCAAUAAGUUGUAAGGAACUUUGGAUCAUACACAGUUUGGUUAUUUAUACCUUGGAAUAUCAGAAUACUUUAAUCUUAUUUACUUUA